CGCAGUGGGUGGGACGGCCGCUGGUCCGUCUCCUAGCGCGGCUGGCUAGGUGCUCCGGAGUUCGGCGCUUUCCGCGGAGUUGGCUGCGUCCGGCAGUUGAGCUGCACGCGGAGGGGCGUCCGGCAGUUGAGCUACACGCGGAGGGGCUGCCCUCGCCUCCUUGCACCGCCGGUCCCGCUCCAGAGUCUCAGAUAUGGGCCUUCGUCAGUUCCUGGUGUCCUUCUUUGUCCUGCUGUUGUCUGGCACAGAAGUCACAGGCACCCUAAAGAGCACCCUGGACCCGAGCCUCAAGAUUUACAAGAAGAUGUUUGAGGUGAAGCGGCGGGAGCAGUUGCUGGCACUGAAGAACUUGGCACAACUGAACGACAUCCACCAGCAGUACAAGAUCCUUGACGUCAUGCUCAAGGGGCUCUUUAAGGUGCUGGAGGACUCCCGGACAGUGCUCACUGCUGCAGAUGUGCUCCCAGACGGGCCCUUCCCCCAGGAUGAGAAGCUGAAAGAUGCUUUCUCCCACGUGGUGGAGAACACAGCCUUCUUUGGUGAUGUGGUACUGCGCUUCCCGAAGAUCGUACACCACUACUUUGACCACAAUUCCAACUGGAACCUCCUCAUCCGCUGGGGCAUCAGCUUCUGCAAUCAGACGGGCGUCUUUGACCAGGGGCCCCACUCACCCAUCCUCAACCUGAUGGCCCAGGAGCUGGGGAUCACUGAGAAAGACUCUGACUUCCAGAACCCAUUUAAAAUAGACCGGCAGAGACUAAAUCAAAUCACUCUGCUCUCUCAGUUCAUUCCUAGCACUGACCCUUUCCAGAAGGCCUUGAGGGAAGAAGAAAAACGCCGGAAGAAGGAGGAGAAGCGGAAAGAGAUCCGAAAAGGCCCAAGAAUCUCAAGAUCUCAGUCUGAAUUGUAGCCCUGGAGCAGUUUGGGACCUAAGGGAUCAUCAAGAGGCCAGUCAGAAGAGUCGCAGCCGUGUGGCUGUGGUAUAGCAGCAUCAAGCACCAUGGUGAGCACCAGCCACUUCCGGAUGGAGACCCUAUGUUUGCUGAGUCCUCAGGAGCUGGGUCUGAGCCUUGGCCAAAAAGACUGAGCCUCUGGGAUCUUAGGGCACACCAAGGGGUCUUGAGAGGACACUGUUCUGUAGACAGGAGCUUGCAGAGAAGCUGUUGGGGGAGGCUGGCUGAGGGACUCCUGGUCUGGAUCCUCUUGGUGAGAGUUGCAGGCCAGCUGCUGGCCUUUGUGAGGAAGCGGUAGAAUCUGGCUCUGAAUUACAGGUGAAGGUGUCAUGCUUGUAGCUGGCCUCACUGUAUUCCUGGACUGCCUAUCACCAUUCCAGCUCUCUGCAGAGCAACGCUAAAAGGCAGCAAAUUCAUUGGCCUCACCAAGACUGACGAGGAGGCUGUAAGGACACCAGGAGCUUCUAGAAGCGGCAGGACCAGCCUGGAGUAUGUUUCUGCCUCAUCAGGAGGGAGCCCCAGGCCUUUGCAUUGCAGAGAAACAAGAACAAGAAACAAGAGGUUUAGGCCUCUCAUUCACUCACUGCUGCCCUUCAUAAGGGAUCAGUUUGGAGGGGACCCAGAAGUGUCCUGGGAGGGUGUUUAUUUCAAGGAGACCUUAAAAGAACAUGAUCUCUAGUCUCAGAUAACUGGGGACAGUCACUGAGCUGGUUCAGGGGACAAUCAACUUGUUCUCUCUACUGCUAAAGCUAGAGCCUGUGUGGGGGGUGAUGUUAUAGGGGACAGGUUACAGGAAGCUGGCUUGGUAAUGGGACUACUGUAAACUGCGCUGACCAGAUGGUGGGCUUCUCAGUUCAGGGUUCAAGCAGAGUCUCAUGGCCACAGGGCAGGGAGCUAUGGCAGGAGUUAGGCCCUCGGAGGGCAGCCUGGUCUCUAUGAAUUCCAAAGCAGGUGGCUGCCUUGCCUCUAUUGAAAUUACAGUGCUACCUCUUCGAUCUUGUCAAGCCAAAAUGUAUCCCUUAAAGGCAUGGAGACACCCACCAUCCCUGUGUCAUCCCCAGCCAUACCCCUACCUUCAGGAACACUCUUCCUCUUACUGCUGACAGUGGUGGCGAGACCUGAGCCUUAGCCCGACUGACCUUGGCCUACUCUCUUUCUUCCCUGAGCUGUGCCUUCAUUGGUAAAAUCAAUUGGAUGAUGUCUGAAUCCUCUGCCAAGCUCUAACCUACAUCCUUGGAGGCUUGCCUUUCUACUGGCCAGCACAGCAGAGGGAAGCCAGGUGUUGGGGAGGCUUCUUGGAAGGUCCCAGAGUAGCCUGCAUCUCAACAGUCAUGCAGGAAAAGUAUGGGGAUGAGAAGUAGUCGGGAGGAGGGCUGGAGAAGUUUUCCCAUAGAAAUGCUUAUCUGAUGCAGAAGAGAUACACAGCUGGCCCAAGAGACCUGGGCUGCAUUCCCAGCCUGUCCCUUUCCAGCUGUAUGACCUAGCCAAUUCCUGUGAGGUUUCUAUGAUAUGACAGCACUAGAGUCUGGGACUUCCUGGCCUAUGGAAAGGAUGAGAUCUACCCAUCAUCGAUUGAACCUGUGCUCGUGUUGUGGGACUAGGGGCCAGAGGCAGCCAUGAGGGUCCUCCCUGUUCCCUUCCUCUUUGAGAGAGGUUGUGGUUGAUGGCUUUGCAAGGAAAAUGCUUCUUCCUUUAACUGAAGGAAGAACUUCUAAGGAACCAGGUCAACUUGGCUGUGGACCUGUCUUUCUUUUCUGUGAUUUUGUUGUUGUUUGGUUGGUUGUUUCUUUGAGACAGGGUCUCACUAUGUAGCUCAG